UUUUCUUUUUCUUUUUUUUUUUUUGAAGUGUUUGUAAUCAUAUAUAAUUAACUGUGCUUUGCAAAUCAAAGAAGUUUUGUGUUUCUCAAGUAUAAAGUAUAAUUUCCGUGGAUUUCCUUCUUGAGAACAAAAGGCUUCAGAGAGAGAGAGAGAGAGAGAGAGAGAGAGACAGAGAGAGAGUAUAGAGACAUGGAGUUUAAGGAUGUUUUCUUGUUCUUCUGAGACGUAUCUGCUUCAAAACUGAAAUUGAAAGAUUUUGUUGUGAUGCAAAAUGGAUUUUUCAGAGCAUACAAGGAUUGUGUUCAAUAGAAUUAAGAAACUGGAACCAGAGAAUGUUACUAAGAUUAUAGGUUAUCUACUUUUACAAGAUGGUGGUGACCAAGAAAUGAUUAAUCUGGCUAUGAGUCCUGAUGUGGCUAUUCAAGAAGUGAUUUAUAAGGCUAAAGCUGAACUUAAUCAAUUAGCCCUUAAAUCAGCAGCAUCUCCAAUAUCACCAUCCAUGAAUUCACCACCUAUUUCAGAUCUUCCCCCACAAUUCACUCCUUUCUCCCCUGUUUCAUCUCGGCCUUUCUUGUCCCCAGCAGCAUCCUUCCGACCCCCUUCUUCCUAUUGGGAAUCUCAAGUUUCAGCUAAGCAUAAUUCAGAUUUUGUGUCUACGGGUUACCUGGAUUCUGUUUCUGAGCUCCAAAACCAAACCCAGUUCUUGAGUUUGGAGGAUCAAAUUGAGCCUGUCAACUUGGGAAACAUGGGAUUUCCAGUUGACUAUUUCUACUCAGAUGCUGCACUUGGUGGUUUAGGUGCAAGGGCAGGUCGGCGGUAUUCAAGCUUAAAUGAAUUCCCAGUUAAGACUUGUCACUAUUUCAACAAGGGUUUCUGUAAGCAUGGAAGUAACUGUAGGUACUAUCAUGGACAAGUCUCUGAGAACUUUCCUCGAACAUUUGAUGCUAUCAAUGAAGAUCAACUUUUCUCACCAGGGUCACUUGAAAAGUUGGAGUCAGAAAUCAUAGAGCUCUUGAGAUCAAGAAAAGGCAAUCCUGUUUCAAUUGCUUCUUUGCCAAUGCUAUAUUAUGAGAAAUAUGGAAAAGUUCUUCAAGCAGAAGGGUACCUCACGGAGAGCCAGAGACAUGGGAAAGCUGGUUAUAGCUUGACAAAGCUUCUUGCUAGACUGAAAAACAGUAUUCAGCUGAUCGACAGACCUCAUGGUCAGCAUGCAGUACUUUUGGCAGAAGAUGCUUCAAAAUACAUGGAUCGGGGAGACAGAAACGACCCUGGUCCAAUUGUUAGUGGAUCACGGCAGAUAUAUCUAACUUUCCCAGCUGAGAGUACUUUUACAGAAGAUGAUGUCUCAAACUACUUCAACACCUUUGGAUCAGUUGAGGAUGUACGGAUCCCCUGCCAACAGAAAAGAAUGUUCGGUUUUGUAACGUUUGAAAGUGCCGAUACUGUGAAGAUGAUUUUGGCAAAAGGAAAUCCUCAUUUUGUUUGUGGUGCUCGAGUUCUGGUGAAACCUUAUAGGGAAAAAUCAAAGCUCAUUGAUAGAAAAAAAUAUGAAGUUGGAUUUAAAAUUUUAGAGAGAACUUGCAAUUCUCUCUCACAGCCAAAGUUUUGGUGCAGGAAGUAUCAAGAGAGAAUGGAGCAUCCAUUGUAUUUCUCUUCUCAGUAUGCAGACAUAGAUGCUGAGCUUCAUCCAAUGCGAAGAGGAUAUGAGGCCUCAAGGUUGCUGAGGAAACAGCUUAUGGAAGAGCAGGAGCAGGCUUUCGAAAUUCAGAGGAGGCGACUUGCUGAGUUGCGAACAGCUCGGAAGCCAAUUUAUAAUCAGUCCUAUUUUGGCUACUCAACUGAGGGGCUUAAAGUCCCAGAAGAUAAUUUCAAUUUGCCAUCGUCGGACCAUAUUGGUUGUCUGCUUGAUUUUCUAAACGGUGGUUCAGUAACUGAUGAGGCAUUCAGGCAUUCAGAGACCAAUUACAUGGACCCUGACAGUCAAGGACUUAACUUACCAGAGAGCCCAUUUGCAUCUCCAAUAGCUAGCAGCAUUUCUACAGUCAUAUAGAUUCAGAACACAGAAGAAUUAGAGUUAAAAGAGUAACAAAGGCAACAGCAAAAUCUUUGGUUUGAUACAUCACGGCAACUCUUUUGCGUUUUGUUUCCAUUUUCCCUUUAAGUUCACCAAGAUUCACAGCAAGUACAGAACGGCUAAUGAAGAAGCGAGAAGCAACUACUAACUCGUUACACGGGGCAAAGGAAGUAGCAAAGCAGAAUAUGGUUAUACAGAAUACGUGUAAGAAGCAAGGCAAGAAGGUUUUGAAUAUUUAGUUGCUAAGAUGUAAUUAGUCUUUAGCAGAAGAAAGGAAUUAGAACAUGAUGAAAUGACUUCAACAGAAGGAAUUUGGUAGUUGGCUUAUACCAGUUUAGCAAAAGUUUGUAGUUUUGCCAUUUUUUGUUUACACGGUGGGCAUGCUUUUGCCUUUUUCAAUAGUUGCUCGCCUGUAGGAAGUUGUUUUUCUUUUUAAUUUGUCUCUGUCCAUUGAUUUAAUGCCUCUAAUUUUUUCUUCAA